AUGGAAAACCUCAACGAGCAACUCCAGCACGCUGGACAGGCCUAUAAGAAGCUAGAAGAAGACAUCAAGGGGGACGCCAACCUCCGGAAGAUCCAGGAACUCCAGGGGGAAAUCACCACCCUCCGGGCCGCCGCCAACAUCGUCACCACGCCCGUCCACGGAGGACGACAAAAGCUCAAGCUCAGUGCGCCUGUCACCUACGACGGAACCCCCGGGACCCUCAAAGGAUUCCUGAUUCAGUACACGCAGCCACCUACCUCCGAGGAAAGGCCCUUAAGUAGUUUGAACCAAUCCAGGAAGAAUACCUCAAAUGCGAGACCCUCGACGAGUGCACCACCGAGACCCGCGACAUCUACGCUAAUUUUAAAGGAUUCGAGGAUACGCUUAGGUCACUCUUCCAAGACCCCGACGAAAAGCGACAAGCCGAACGAGAUCUAG